UAUUUAUUUAUUUAUUUAUUUUUUGCUUUUUACCUUUAGGAUAUCCUUACACCAUAUUUAACACUCACCUGGACAUGGCUUUAUACCUCUGAUAGAUCCUACUUACACUUUUAUGGUAGAAUUUUUUUUUUUUAAGUUUAAUAAGCUCUUGUUUUUACCUUUUAUUUUGUGUGUGGUCUCCACUUGUUACAAACCAGAGCCAGUUUGUAACACUUUGGCCAUAUUGGAAAAACUACUUUCUUUAAAUAUGCGCCAUUAUUAGUUUAGAUACCGUAUUUUUCAAGACCGCUGCCACUUUAAGAAAGAUGAUUUAAAUGCACGCCGCAUUGUUUGGGGUGAUAAGAGGCCAUUGACUGAAGCCAUAUACUCCAGGAGGGGUUCAUUUGAAACCAGAGUCGUAAUCCUGCUUGAUUGACUUAUAAGGAAACAAUUCGCUGCUCAAACAACCCCAAUAUAUGUCACCUCCAGGAGUGAUCUGAAAUCGGCUUGUUAGCCUCUCUGCCAUUUGCUUGAGUUCAACAUGGAGUCCAAGCUGGAAAACUAUAACUACAGCUUGAAUACGAACAGAGCCAUAUUUGGUUACAAAGACAUUAUUAUGGACAAAAAACCACCGAGAUGCAAGCACUGGAUACACUGCAAGUGAAUGCAAUAUGAUGAUGCUGACCCCCUGGAUCUGGCUCCUCCUCCUGGGGCUGCCCCGCCCCACCCCGUGCCGAAGCCAGCGCUCCGAACCCGUGUUCGCCUCGGUGACCUCCGUCCUGCUGCCCCCGGACUACGAGAACAACCCCACCCAGCUGAAUUAUGGGAUGGCCGUGACCGACGUGGACGGCGACGGGGACCUGGAGGUGGUGGUGGCGGGGUACAACGGUCCCAACCUGGUCUUGAAAUAUGACCGGAACAAGAAAAGGCUGGUCAACAUCGCCGUGGACGACCGCAGCUCCCCAUACUACGCCCUUCGGGAUCGCCAGGGCAACGCCAUCGGUGUGGCAGCAUGCGACAUUGACGGAGACGGCAGGGAGGAACUUUAUUUCCUCAACACCAACAACGCAUUCUCAGGGCGAGCGACCUACACGGACAAGCUCUUCAAGUUCCGCAACGGACGCUUCGAGGACCUGCUGAGCGACGACAUCAACGAGCACCGAGACGUGGCCAAUCGCAUGGCGGGGCGGUCAGUGGCUUGCCUGGACAGGAAGGGGACAGGGCGCUACGCCAUCUACAUCGCUAACUACGCCAGUGGGAACGUUGGGGCACACGCCCUCCUGGAGAUGGACGAAGCUGCCAGUGACCCCGCCCGAGGGGUCAUCGCCCUGUCCAAUGUGGCCGAGGAGGCCGGGGUCAACAAGUUCACAGGGGGCAGGGGCGUGGUGGUGGGACCCAUCCUCAGCCAGACCCGCUCGGACGUCUUCUGCGACAACGAGUACGGGCCCAACUUCCUGUUCCGUAACAACGGGGACGGCACCUUCACAGACGUGGCCUCGACAGCAGGAGUUGAAGACCCCAUGCAGCACGGUCGAGGGGUGGCGCUGGCUGACUUCAACCGGGACGGGAAGACCGACAUCGUCUACGGCAACUGGAACGGCCCGCACCGCCUCUUCCUGCAGCUCAGCACCCAUCGGAAGCAGAGAUUUAAGGACAUCAGCACGCAGAAGUUCUCCAUGCCUUCCCCCGUGCGCACCGUCAUCGCUGCUGACUUUGACAACGACAACGAGCUGGAGGUGUUCUUCAACAACAUCGCUUACCGUGGAGCGUCGGCCAAUCGGCUGUUCAGGGUGGCGCGGCGGGACCACGCGGACCCUCUGAUUGAAGAGCUGAACGUCGGGGAGGCGGCUGAACCAGACGGCCGCGGGACAGGGGCGACCGUGACGGACUUUGACGGAGACGGACAGCUGGAUUUGCUGGUGUCCCACGGAGAGAGCGCUGCCCAGCCCAUCUCAGUGUACAGAGUCAGCCAGGGCUCGUCCAAUCGGUGGCUGCGUGUGAUCCCCCGCACGCAGUUUGGCGCCUUUGCCCGCGGGGCCAAGGUCGUGACCUACACCAAGCGGAGCGGCUCGCACACGCGCAUCAUCGACGGGGGCUCGGGGUACCUGUGCCAGAUGGAGCCUGUCGCCCACUUCGGACUGGGGAAGGACGUGGCCACCAGUGUGGAGGUGUUUUGGCCUGAUGGCCGCUCCGUGGCGCGGCCCCUCGAACUCUCUGAGAUGAACUCCGUUCUGGAGAUCCCCUACCCCGUGGAGGAGGACGAGGGAACCCCCGCCACUGAGAUUGAGUGUGGGAAUGGAUUCGUUGUCAACGAAAAUGGCCGCUGCAAAGACCAGGACGAGUGCACCGAGUUCCCCUCUGUGUGUCCGCGGGACCGCCCGCUUUGCAUCAACACCUACGGCGGCUUCAAGUGCCGCGCCACCAAGCGCUGUGGCCAGGGGUUCGAGCCCAACGAUGAGGGGACGGCCUGCGUCGCUCAGGUGGCCUACUUUGAGGGAAACCGCUCCUCUGCCGGUGGGAUUCGGGCUCUCCUCUCGCACUUCUCCAUGACCCUGCUGGCCUUCUUCACUCUGACCCUGCUGGCCUGACCGGCCUAGCGCUCCCUCCUAAAUAUUCCCCCCCGCCGCGACCCCCCCUUUCUGCUUGGCUGUUUGGGAUGCUAAGAGAAGGGGCUAGGAGGGAGAAGCUCAGACCUCAAACACCCCUCCCCAUCCCCCUCAACUCCUCCUUGCUGUGUCAUCUGCCUGGCUCCUCCCCCUCUUGGCUCUAGCCCCUCCCAGAACUGAAGAACACACACCGAGCAUGCUCACUGGGAGCUAAGAGGGGAUUUUCUGGGCUAACUGGAGGAAAAAAAAAAAAAAGUGUGCUCACACUCUGGUCUGGACCAAUGACGCGCUAACCUCACUGGGAUGACGACAACAACAGCAACACCCGGAUCCACCUCUCAUUCGAUGACCGUUACUACAGAGGCUCGUAACCUCGAGUGGAAGGUUCCGGAAGAAUCUCGAUCAUUUUCAUUUACGUACUGAUUUAUAUACAAAUGAAACAGUGCUUAAAAGGGACAAAAACCUGGGCCCAAACCAGACAAAUAUGAUCUGUUUUAGGUUUGUGUCCUGCAGAGUGAAGAUAGAGGAAAUGUGAAUUGAAACGACGAGAAAAAGUGGAAAGAAGUAGCAAGAUGUUAAGAAAUCCUACGACCAGAAAAAAUAAUGGAAAGGGUGGAGUUAAGUUAAGGAAAAGAAAAGCUGGCUAAAAAGUAGGGAAAAAUACAUGCAUCCUUGAGGAAAUUUCUUGAUUGGUUGGGGAAAUAGAUGAAUAGCUCGGGCCGAUGUUUUUGGUGGCAACGGAUGGCGAGCUCAUCAGGAAUGAUGGGAUGGAAUUCCAGGCAGGGGUGUCCUGAUUUUAAAAAACGAUUUCCUUCCCCGGGUUGUUCUCAAGGCUUGGAACAUGGCUGUUCCGAUGUGCUAUGGAUCUGAUGAAUCACCGCAGUCUGUCUGAGGAGCCUGUCGGUGAUAGGUCACAGAUUGUUAUUUUUUUGGGGGAGAAGAACGUGUUUUGAACGUGAUCAUGUAAUUUCAUGGCCAAGUAAGGUACAAUAAUUUACUAAAUUGAGCGCAUUAUAGUCGUACAGUGCUGUACGAGGCUGUAUCUAAAAUGAUGAAAAAAUGGACGAAAGUGACGCCAUAGCGACAGCAAGUGUAUCCUGUUUUAUCUCAAGGGAUCAUGGGAAAUGUCUCAGUUUCCCAUGAACACCUGCCUGCCUGCGUGAAGUAUUCCCUCUUCGUUUUUCCACCACCCAAGGCCCACACAGUGCCAGCUUCUCAGCCAUGAGGAGGAGAGGGUACAGCAGCUCUGGGAGAGAUGGGAACAUAUGCCUCGCCAUCUGGCACACGCGGGGUUGCAGUAUGUCAACACCCAGUCAUGUUUGCCCACACAUUUAAAUUAAUAUUUUCACAUUUCUGGGCUGUUCUCAGAACUGUCUGUUUUGAACUUGAACUUGAUGACAAAAGAUAUAU